AUUGUAGAAGUUCGCGGCUUAUGUAGUAACUUCGUCGCUCACAACUUUGUGUGGAGUGGAGUUAUUUUUUUACGGGCCUUGGAGUGGAGUGAGAGAAGUGGUCGUAGAGUGAAGUUGCAAAUAGUGGUAGGGAAUGAUUCGAUUUCAGAUUUUGAAGAAGUUUGUCAUACCCACUUCUUUAGCUGCGGCUGUAAUUAAGUCUGAAAGUGGCAAAGACAGUACAGAAGCUAAACCAUGUCGUCCAAGCGAACUGCCACUUUAUGAGGAUGACAGCUGUGGAUGCAGGCCGAAGAGAAAGGGCGGUGCACAUUUAGGAGCUCUAGAACAGCAAACUUCAAGUGCUUUGGAAGAACAAAUACGUGUGAUCCGGAAGGAGCUGUGGGUCUGGCACGAUCAGUACAAAGGAUAUAGAGACAAACUAGUGGAAAAAAUUGAGGUUGCGAAAGCUCAUAGUGAAUCUACUUUGGCAUUUCUGAAGGAGGAGGGGAACUAUUUGCCACGCAUUGGUGCCAUCAGUUUAGGAGGCCUUACGGGUGUCAUAUUUGGCCUGCGAGGUGGUUGGUUCCGGAGGCUGACAUAUGGUGCUGCUGGGUCGUUGGCAAUGUCUGCUUUGUGCUACCCUCGGCAAGCUUCAGAAGUGUCGCAAGAAGCCCUAACCUAUGCAAAGAAAUACGUUGCAGUUACGUAUAAUUUUAUUUAUGGAGUUAAACCAGAAAAUACACAAUCAUCAAAUCCUAUGGCCGGUGACUUGAAGCAUUCUUCAGAUGCCCCACCAGUAACAGCUCAGAAAGAUACUCAGAAAAAAAAUCUUCAGAGUCAGUAAAUCCCCACACACAGUGAUCUAAAUGUGGAGCAGUGUAGAAAGUGAUGGUAAUUGUCCAAUAGUGUCAGUGUAGCUGUGUGUAUAUAUAUUUUUGUGAAUGUGAACAUCCUCUGAAAUUGUGCCACUGUUUGGAACUUCACGUAACUGACAGUUGUGAAAAACUUCAAUAAAGUUGCAUAAAAAUA